ACAUAUAUAUAUAUAUAUAUAUAUAAUCUACGGACUAGUUACCUGUUCAUCAUUCUUCCGUCAGAUCUAGUAGAGUCAAUAUGGGGUUCCUCGAGACCAGUUUCUUCACCUCUCUCGUCAUAGGUUCAUUGACAGUGUUAGCGGAUGCGACAAAUGAUACUACCACAGGUUCUGCUUCCUCAGUUAGCGAAACGUUCAGCUAUCCAGACGCCACAACUGGAGUCACUACAGAUUUUACAUCGAGUACAUAUGCCGACCUGUCUACGGUCACUGAUGCUAGCAGCUCAAUAGCCCCUGUUGCAUGCUACUUGCCAUUCGAGGACAUCGGCGGGCGCUGUCUGUACGUGGACCCGCUAGAAAGCGGCAGCUACUACGAGAUGCGACUCUUCUGCUCGAGGUUGGGCCAAGGGUCACAGCUGGCCAUCCUGGACGACGCCGACACCUUGAAGGCCGUCAUCGAUUACAUCAAGAUUCAGGGUCUGGACCACAGCCACUACUGGGUGGGGGCGUCUGACGAGGAGCACGAGAACAUAUGGGAGUGGGCUGACGGCAGCAGUGUCCGCAUGGGCGCCCCCUUCUGGAAGUACGACUGCAACUCCUCAGGAUUCCCGCUGCGACCUCAGGUGGAUUACGACAGGAACUGCGCUGCUCUGGACAGCAACUAUCACUUCCUCAUGGCCGACUUCCCCUGUCUGGGAGACAAAGGUCUUGUGCCCUUCGCUCCGAUCUGCCAGGGCGUUCUGAGGGCUGGCGAGGGGGAGGGGGAGGAGGAGAAGGAGUGGUUCCUGUAAAGUCUCCUGAAGAAGUUUCUCUCUCUCUCUCUCUCUCUCUCUGCAAAUACUGUUUGGGUUUGCCUUCUUUGUGAGUUCCUGAAGUGGGUUUUUUUAUCUGGUGGUCCCUAUCUAAUUUCUUAGGUCGUCGCUGGAAUUCUAGCGUCUGCUGCAAUUCUUGUGACUGCUGGAAUUGUUGUCUAUUCUGGAAUUCUAGUGAAGCCUGGACUAGAGUAUGCUGGAUUUCUUGCGUCUGCUGGAAUUCUUGUGACUACUGGAAUUGUUGGGUGGGUCUGCUGGAAUUCUAAUGUUUGCUCGAAUCGAGUGUCUACUGGAAUUCUUGCAACUGCUAGAAUUGUUGUGUAUUUUGGAAUUCUAGUGCCUCCUGGACUAGUGUCUGCUGAAAUUCUUGUGCCUGCUAGAAUUCUAGCGUCUGCUGGAAUUCUUGUGUCUGCUGGAAUUCUAGUGUCUACUGGAAAACUUGUGUCUGCUGAAAUUCUAAAAUCUGCUGGGAUUCUAAUGUCUGCUGGAAUUUUAGUGUUUGCUGGAAUUCUGGUGUCUGCUCGGAUUGUACUAGUGCCUGGUCUUCCCUGGAAAGUAUCCUGUAAUUUUAUUAAAAGUCUCUUUUUCAUUAAUCUCUGGAUGUUUCUUUACCUCCAAUGAUCUUUUAAAGUAAUCUGGAUCAUUUCUGAUGAGGUAAUCCUUAAGAGGGUCUUUCCCUACAGUAAUCUAUGGGUAAUUUCUCCUUCAAAUGAAAUCCAUAACAAUUUCUGAGAUUAACCUCCUCUAUGGCUAUGGCAUUUCCUUCUUUCUUCUUCAAACUCUUCUUCUGUCUGUCCCACUUAAAUUCUGGAAACUCGAGUCUGCUUUUCCAAAAUCCAAAAUUAUAUUCUUGCAGGAAGAUGCCGAUGUACAAACUUGAUACAAGGCUAAGAAUGGCAUUCACUAAUCGUCAGGAUUUCCGUAAACCUCAAACAGCCAAAGAAAUCAGCUCCUGUUUCGUCAGACAAAUAAAGAUGUUGAUAAACAACAGGAAA